CGACAACAACUUAAAGCCCGAAUGAUAUAAUGACAAAUAACAUCUGAUCAUAAACAUCAUUCAUAACUAUCAUCUUCACCGUUCCAUGAAACAAAGCACUUCCCUUUUUAUGGAGAUGCAAAAGCAGAAGUAAAGGAGAACGUGAUUUCAUCUGAAGAGAAAGACAAAAGCUUACAGCGGCAGGAGUUUCACCCCUCUAUUGAUCCCUGUCUUGCCGUUCCAUACAAGAUUGCUCAGCAUUAAAAUUCACGCUUGCACCUAUUGGCAUGGGCUCAAAUCAGAGCAAAUACUCCGAUCGAUCAAACAAUAAGAGAGCAAACAUUUUCAGAAAAUCUGUCAACUCUCAUGACCAAGACAACUCUGUAAGAAAUCAACCAGAAGCACUUUCACAUCCAAGCAGCAAAAGACUCUCCCUGAAAAAGAUCUUCUCUCGUCCUAACAAGCUCCAAGAAGGAGGCACAGAGACAAUGAGUUCUGCACAAAGUGGAGGAAGUAACAGUCAUCACACUCAAUCAGCCACGCAAAAUAACCAAGAAGGUCGACUUCACAACAAAAGACGAAGAACACAGUCAAACACCAGUCCUGGAGAUUCAGCAGAACAUGAAGAGGUAAAGGGUAGCCAAUCCAUGCUUAGAAGACUUCGUAGGCGAGUGCACACAACAGAAGAUGAAGUGGAAGAAGUCACAUCUGGUAAGCAAAGGGACAGAGGCAAAACCCGUACUGUGAAUAAGGGAAAAGAGAAGGAGAAAGAAGAUGUGAUCAUGAAAGAUGAAAGCAGCUCAGAAAGUGUGGUGAACAGUACAGAGGUCAACUUGGGUCAAACAAAUCUAUCCGAUUGUAGUCCCGCGAAAGCUUUGGAACCGUCGAAUGGUGAAUCAUCAUCUGCUCAAUCUAUGCCUUCAAGUGCCACUCAGACACCAAAUGCGAUGCAGUCCCUCGAUACACCUAGCUCAUCAUCGAAUGUGGAUGGAGUACCAUCCCAGACAGAAUCAUCAGAUCAAAGACAUAAUCGCAUGCGUCGUGAGAUUGAACAGUCACUCGCAACAGCUGGAACCAAUCAACAGUAACGUCUGAACAAAUCGAAAAGAGUGACUUACGCAAAGUGAAUGGUUCAAAGACGGAUAUUGAAACAUUGACAAAGUUAC